AUGAAGUCGAGGCUUCGAGGUGGAACAACAACAUCUGAUUUCUUUUUAGUGGCCAGCUCAUAUCAGUGUGAGAUUAAGGUUCUUGCUACGAUUUUAACUUUGUGGUUAGCAGACAAAUCUGGUCGCCGGCUUUUACUUAUUGUUUCUUCAUCUGCAAUGGCUUUGAGUCUUUUGGUUGUUUCAAUAUCAUUCUACUUGAAGGAAUAUAUAUCACCAGAUUCUGAUUUAUAUGCGACAUUGAGCCUCGUAUCGGUGGGUGGAGUUGUGGUCAUGGUUAUUGCAUUCUCUCUGGGAUUAGGAGCAAUGCCAUGGAUUAUAAUGUCUGAGAUUCUUCCGAUUAACAUCAAAGGCCUAGCUGGAAGUUUUGCAACACUUGCCAAUUGGUUCUUUUUCUGGUUGAUUACAUUAACAGCAAAUUUGCUCUUGGAUUGGAGUCCGGGAGGAACCUUCACAAUAUAUACUGCAGUGUGUGUUUUCACAGCAGGAUUUGUUGCCAUUUGGGUCCCCGAGACAAAGGGAAAAACUCUUGAAGAAAUACAACAAUGGUUUGAUAUUUAG